GCCACGCCUCCCCGGAUUGGCGGCUCCUGAUUGGUCGGAUAGCUGGGAGGGCAGGCUACGUCGUGGGUAACAUUCUCUUGUCAACAAUCCCGCAAUCGCCGUUUGAUUGGUCUCGUCUAAUGCGCUGCUCGGCGAACGAUUCGGUGCUCGCGACCUCUGUAAGGGAAGGUAAGGCAAGUCGGGUAAGAUCUCAUAGCCCGUUGGGUCUUCGCUGUGAAAGCAGGUCCACGUCCCUGGCGACGUCACAGCCUCUGCGUAGCCAUGGUAACCGCUUGGCGCUGCUGUGCAUCCCCGGGCAGGGCCGUGCGCUGUGUGUAGACACGGGUAGUGCAGGGCCUGCUGCUGUGUGAGGGGCAGUGAUUGUAUACACGGCACUGUGUGCUGACAGCAGUGUCUCAUACUGUAAACAGGCUACACGAAAUGCAGCACGCCCUCUAGAAAAUAUUGACAGUGUGCUGCUACUAGUAACAGAAUCAUUCACAACAUCUACAGUCAAUAUUACCAUGUGUUAUUAUGGGGGUAGUCUACUUUGAGGAUACCUAAUAAUAAUAAUAAUAAUAAUAUAAAGAAAUUAGAAAAAAAUAAAUAUAUAUUUGUUUUAUUUAAUUUCUACAAUAAGUUUCCUCCAAGUUGGCCACUAUACUACAUAUAGAGAGAGAGAGAUUGGAUUAGCUGAAUUAGUUCAGUAGACAAGAUGCCACAAAAAAUAAUAAUAAAUAACAACCACAGUGUCCAAUGAAAGCUGACAUCUUUUUAAAAGGUUAAUGUUUCCUCUCUUCUCCAGGUCUGAGCAAUAACGUAUUAAAUAGGAUUUGGAAUAACUGUCAUAGAUUCCAGGUUUUCUGCCAUACUACAAAACAUGUACAGUAAUAUAAACAUACGUCUUGGUUUUUUUUUUUUGUUAAUUGCAUGGCAUAAGAAGAUACAUUUACUAAUAUCACAGUAAAAAAAAAAAAAAAGACGUAUCCACAUUUUCGUAGUAACAAUUCACAGGUAGUAUCUUUGCAAUAGUGGUGAUAUGAUAUCUUAAUAAAGGUAGGAGACUACCUUGUGCAACUAAACGUGGUACCAGUACAUUGAGAUGUGAAAAUAGUUCUCCUUUUGGGAAACAAGAUUAUCGAGACUGUAAGUGAGGAGCUGGCUCUCAGAAGAUCAAUAAUAACUAAUACAGGAGCUCUAGAAUAAUGAAAUUGCUUGUCAGGCUGAUUGACUAGGAUAUGCAGCAGGCGAUUAGAAAGAAUAAGUUGCAGCAAUAAAGUCUGGUUGACGUUAAGCGACUAAGAAAUCCCUCUGAUGUCCCUCUCUCUUAGCCAAAGAUAAUAUAAGAGAGAAGUUAUAGAUAUUUCUUCUUCCUUCCUUCCUUUUUUUUUUUUUGAAUAUUUUAUUCCUCCCUGCAGCCUGAACUCCUAUGCCCCCACAUACAACAGCCCAUAAAUGCUCACUAAAGCAUCUACACACACAAACAAAACAGCCCCAAUCUAAACACACUGUAGCCCCUGUACACACAAAGCAGUUCAUAUAUUAAUACACACAGUACAGCCCAUAUAUUAAUAUAGACACUACAGCCCUUGUAGUAAUAUAUACACACAAUACAAUCCAUAUAUCAGCCCAUAUAUUAAUAUACACACACUACAGUCCAUAUACAUGUACGUUAGAUACAUCGCUCUACAACGUUAGAGAGAGAGAUACACACACAAACAAUAUUUACAGCCCAUAAACGCAAACACUUUACAACCAGUGGAAACACAUACACACUACUGUCCAGAGCCACACACAAUACACCACUGAUUCACUCAAUCCCACAACCAGCCCUUAAGCACAUACAGCACCACAGAGAGCCUCCAUGCACAACACCCUUUACUGCCCAUGCCCCAAUUUUGUCCUUUUGUAGUGACACCAGAGAUAAGUCACAAGCAAACGCAGAGCUGUGCUGUGCAAGACAAACACAGGGCAUCACUCCCAUGCAAGAGUUCUUCAGCAGGGCUCUGCGCAUGAGAUGCCCAUGGAGGGACAGCAAACUAACAUACAUACUUUGAGGUGGCAUGCGUGUAAUUGUUGAUGACAUGACCCCUCUCUUUCCCAGCCCCUUCUACUGGGUUGCUCUAUAUUUAAAUGUCCGGGCUAAAAUGAUUUCCCAGUCCGGCCCUGGCCAACAGUAGACCAACAAUAAAAUAAUAAGAAUGAGAAGAAAAAGUUAAAUGUUCAAAAACAAAUCAAGACCUCAAGGUGGUUUAUGUCUGGAUACUCGCGAACUUUAAUUAUAUACAGGAGGCUCCUGCAGGGUGUAGCAAGCUAUUACCAGAGUAGGACAUAAAAAAUUCUGAAGUAAACAGAAUUUGCAAUAAAGGAAGUUUAAACCUUAGAUGACUCUUUACAGGGGAAGUAUUUAGAAAGGCUGUGCAAGUCACAUGCAGGGAGGUGUGACUAGGGCUGUAUAAACAAAGUGGUUUAACUCCUACAUGGCAGAGAUUUGAGGUUUGAGACUGCAGGGGUAUGAUCUAUACACCAAAACUACUUCCUUAAGUUAAAGAUGUUUUGGUGACUAUUGUGUCCCUUUAAUAUAUGCACACAUAAUAUAAUAGUGGCCAGUUAAAUGUAACUUGCUAAAUAUGUUGCAAAAAAUUGUUCAAGAAGUUCAAAGGAAACAUUUCUUGCACUAAAGUCAAUUGCAUCUGUUGAGUUGGUAAGUGCUCCGAUUUAAUCAGAUUGGCAAUUGAGCUCUGGAAAAAGGUGUCCAUUAUGUUUCUUCAUCUUGUCAGGAAAGAAAGGACUUGUUAGAGGGAAGGUGUAGAAAUAAGUCAAAGUCCAAAAUAUGCUAGCAAUUAUUACAUAGCAAAUGUGACCACUGGACAGAAAGAUUCAUAAGGUGAAACCUCUCACUUUAUAAAUGAAAUGACAUGCCCCAGUAAAAUCCCAUUAGGAAUCUUAAAUGAAGGCUAUGGUAACUUAUUUUAUACAUUAAAUUGUGUUGACUUGAGAAUUGUCAUAAACAAAAAAUAUACCUUAGAGUUGGUGGGGGAAUCUCAAUUUUGGCAAAACUGAAGAUUGUCUUCCAACUGUGCUAUUUUUAUAUACAUUUUGCACUGUGGUCAUCAAAUCAUUCUAAUGCUCUGUUUCAUGAAUACAUCCUCAUAAAUUUCAUUCUACAGGUAAGAGGAUGUUCAAUACAUGGUAACAUAAUAUGAAGAAACACUCAAGUCAGUCAAAUAAAUGUUUUCACACAUCCGAUUUUCUGCUGUUAAUACAAAUUAAUGUAAAAUCCUUCUUCAAAUUGGGCUUCCAACCUGGUCUUUUCUUUAAAAAUAAAACUAACAAAAAAAAAAAAACCACACAAACAAAGUUAUCUAGACUGUUUUUGUUUUUAAAAAAUAUAUAUAUAAAAAAAAUUUUUAUUAUUAUUAUUUUUAUUUUUUUUGCAAACUUCCACUUAUCUAUACUAUACAUCCUCUCCACAUGCUUAGAAAACCAGUGGUAAUUAAGAUAAAUAAAUAAUAAUAAUUUUAAAAAAAAUUAUGAUGUAGGGAAUGUUGCUUACCUGUGGGAAUUAUUCACUAAUGACAAAUUGCAGGAAAUUGUAAACACAAUUAAAACACUUUAAAAAUAGUCAACUUAUCAUUUUAAAAAUAAUCAAGCUGCAACCAUAGCUAAACUGGAUUUUGUUUACAUACAUGCUGCUUUUGCCGAAAUUUUGGAAUUCUGCAUUCAAAUCAAAAAACACAAUUUACUGUUUAUUAACUAAACCACUAUGUUUCCAUUUUCUGCUGGAGAAAUGAAUCUUGCGUUAUUGUUCCUACCAUUUAGCUUUUGGGGGGUGGAGAGAUAUUUGUAGUUACACAGUAUAAAUUAUAAAUAUCCUUGUAACAUGAAAUGUGGUUCACAAACAUAUUUAUAAAUCGGAAUCCAGAAGCCAAUUUUAGGGAUCAUUUUACUGUGAAUAUAUUUAAUAGACACAUGCAUUAGUUUCUUUACAAAGUUUUCAAAAUAGAAGCUCCCAUUUCCAUUUAUAGGAGCCAUCUUUGUGGGUAUUAUCCAAACAUUGUGUCCAUCUUGGCUUUGGUUCAUGGUAUUUUAUUUCCUUCUGUUUUUUUAAGGUUCUCGUUCGAUCAUCGUAUGCUGAAUUUUACCGUAACACUGACAUGUUUGGCUGUUACAGAGCCUCAAGCAGGUGAGCUAUUAAGAUGAACUAAGACUUUAAUGUUCCAUAUUGCUAUGCAUGUACUUUUAGUUGACAUGGAAUCACUUUGUCAUGGUGUUCCCACAGUGCCCCCUGCUGUUUAUCACCCACUUCUAAAAUGAAAGGGUUGCAGCUUUAAAAUUCAGUGGAGGCUAGAUCUGAGGCACCCACCCCUUCACAAAGUUAUGUCAAUCCUCCCAUGGCACUGUACAGUGUUCUAUUGGGUCUUGGUCUUUUAAGCACUUUUUACAGCUCAGAAUAUUUAUUAAUUAUCUGUUCAUUAAUGGUCUCUACUUUUGCAUAUUUUUAAAAGUAAUUUUUGUGUCAUCCACAUCUGCCAUUGUUUUUAACUAUAUCUUUGUUUGAUCAGAUUAUCUAAGAAUAUUGUUUUAACUUCCUUAAAGAAAAUGUAAGGUGACAAACACACAUUGAAUUUGCAAAGCACGUUUAAGCACAACGUUAAUGAUUAGUCUAGAAUAGAUCAGUAGUUCUUAACAUCUGGAUUAGAAACCAAAUUUGGGACACUAUGCUAUUGAAUGGAUCCCCAUUUAGAACGUGGUAUACCAUACUCCUCGAAGCUCAAGAAACUGCACACAAUAAAUUGUUUACUGUAGUAGCACUGUUUUUUUAUGUACAAUAUAGCCCUAUUUUUUAUGCUACAUUACAAUGGAAGAAUGUCCCGUACAUAAAUUGGGUUGAUGUCCAAGAAGGUUAAGAAAACUAGACCAUUUGCAGGCAGAUAUCAUAUUAGUUAAGACGUACGCUUGUCAUUAGGUUUUCCUCAACAAUUAUCUAAGCUGGACUGAAUGUAGACAUUAUUGGUAAGUAGACCACCAGAUACCUCCAUCUCUCCUGGUUAUGGUUUUUUUUUUUUUUACUUUAGGUCAAAGGUGAACCACAGCAAGUAGAUGUUGAAGAAACGUGUAGUAGAAACUUCAAUAUUAUUAACCUCCUUUCAGUAUGGUAUAAUCUAGUGUUUAAAGCAUUUCCGCUAAAGGAUAACAUUAUUAAAAGCCAGUUCACUUAAAACAAUAAUUGCACUUAAAGGACCACUAUAGUGCCAGGAAAACAUACUCGUUUUCCUGGCACUAUAGUGCCCUGAGGGUGCCCCCACCCUCAGGGACCCCCUCCCGCCUGGCUCUGGAAGGGGGAAAGGGGUAAAAACUUACCUUUUUCCAGCGCUGGGCGGAGAGCUCUCCUCCUCCGAUCCUCCUCUUCUCCUCCCCGUCGGCUGAAUGCGCACGCGCGGCAAGAGCUGCGCGCGCAUUCAGCCGGUCACAUAGGAAAGCAUUCAUAAUGCUUUCCUAUGGACGCUGGCGUGCUCUCACUGAAAAUCACAGUGAGAAGCACGCAAGCGCCUCUAGCGGCUGUCAAUGAGACAGCCGCUAGAGGAAAUAGGGGAAGGCUUAACCCAUUCAUAAACAUAGCAGUUUCUCUGAAACUGCUAUGUUUAUGAAAAAAUGGGUUAACCCUAGAAGGACCAGGCACCCAGACCACUUCAUUAAGCUGAAGUGGUCUGGGUGCCUAGAGUGGUCCUUUAAUUAUCAGGAAAGUUCUGCUUAACAUUGAAGCAGAAAAACUGCUAUUAUGUAAAAGGGCAAAUAGCAUAAUUUUAGCAUAGCAGUAACUGUAAAUUGGUGUCCUAGACAAAACAAAGAAUAGUGAUAUUUCGGUAAAAUCUGUUAUGAACAAACAAAUUGCUGUCGUAUUAAUUAGCAAUUAUGAAAGAAUGUGUUGUAUGUUGAUUGGCAGCAUACAUUUCCACAGAGUACCCACUGCGUGCUUUAUAUAAAGUCAUGGGAAAAAGAAAGUACACCUUCUUUAAAUACUAUGUUUUUACGUAUCAGGGCAUAAUAACAAUCAUGUGUUCCUUAGCAGGUCUUAAAAUUAGGAUGACAUAUUACGCUGUGUCAGGAUUUGUUUAACAAAAAUAAAGCCAAAACGGAGAAUGACUGACUGACUCAUUCUUCAACUGUAAAAUUAAAAUACAUACUCAAAUAAAAUAUGCCAACUCUUUCAUUAGAGAUGAUUCCUGAUAUUUGUGGGAUUUAACUCAAUAAAAGAACACUAAAGUUCCACUACAAAUGCAACUCACUGUAGUGGUUAUUUGCCAGUCUGUCCCAGUGUAAUUUGUUAAACUGUUUUAGAACAUUUUAAAAGAGAGCCUCACACUCAUAUGUUUGAGAACCGCUGGUCUAAUGCAAAAGGAGAAUGUUUCAGGAGCAGACAAUUUUGUGGUACAUUUGAUUUUACUUUAUGUGUAGCAAACUCAAUGCGGUGAAUGGCAAGGAAAUGUGAGUAAACAAAAUAUUCAAUAUUGUAUUAUACAAAAUAUAUUAACUGUUACAUCUGAUGGCACCAGGGUGCUGAAAACUGUUUGACAUCCGUGACCGCUAGUGUCAUGUAUGGGGGAUAAAAACAAAGAUUCCUUCUAAGGCUGCAUUAAUUCUGGAGUGUAUUAAAAGGGACUCUAUGGUGCCAGGAAAACAAAGCUGUUUUCUGGCACUAUAGGUUCCUACAGUGUUCUCCCUCCCUCGCGUCCCACUCCCACGGCGUUGAAGGGGUUCAAACCCCUUCAGUCACAUAACUGAAUCCAGCGCUGAUGUCCCUUGGUGCUGGAUCCGGCUCUAAUGUGCGUGCAUGCAUGCAUUAGGAUUUCCUCAUAUGAAAGCAUUAAUCAAUGCUUUCCUGUGGAGAUUCCUGUGACAAUGGAAGUCCUGAUGCACCAAAAGUCGUCUAAACACCCUGAGGUCCCUGUAGUGGCUGUCUGGUAGACAGCCACAAGAGGUGGAGUUAACCCUGAGAGGUAAUUAUUGCAGUUUCUCAGAAACUGCAAUAAUUACCACUGUAGGGUUAAGGGUGAUGGGAUGUUGCACCCAGACCACUUCAAUGAGCUGAAGUGGUCUGGGUGCCCAUAGUGUCCCUUUAAGUGAAUUGUAACAUGGGAAGUAAAGUUGGUUGUUCACUUAACCAGGAUUUGUGAAGAGUAGACAAUCGAGUUAUAUAUUAUCCAUAUUUUAGACCAAAAUGUACAAACUGAAAUACUGAAUAAGUCAAUUGCAGUCAUAUAGUGACUUCUUUCAGCCUCUUCACAGCCACAUUCACAAUAUUGUGGGAUGUGUGCUGCAACCUCCCUAGUUGCAGCCAUAGCUCAAGGUAAGAUGGGAACUUGUAUGGCCUACUCAGCUUGUGCAGACUGGGACUGCAGCAUUUAUGCAUAGAAAAGAGGUUGUUAUGAUGCUUAAAGUGACACCUUAACUUGCCUACAGGUAAGAUUUGCGAAAGCCUUUCUUUGAUCUUAUAAAGCCAGAGAAUGUUGUGUUUGACAUUUUUUAUUUAUCCUUUUUCAGACUGUGUUGGGGUAAUGUGUAUCAGAAACAUCUUCUCCAAGCCAGAUACCUGUCAGGUGCAGAUGCGAUCAAUGCAUUAAGACCUUUUUAUUUUGCAGUGCAUCCAGAUUUCUUUGGUCAGCAUCCAAGAGAAAGGGUAAGUCUUUGAAUGUUUAGCAUAUUUUUGAAUGUCACUUCUGUUUAUUUUAACGGGACAUUAUAGGAACCAAACAACAUUAGCUUGAUGAAGCCGUUUUGGUGUAUAUAUCGUGCAGUCUCACCGUUCAAUUCACUGCUAUUUAGGAGUUAAAUCACUUUGUUUAUGCAGCCCUAGUCACCCUGCAUGUGACUUACACUGCAAUCCUAAACACUUACUGAAAAAGAACCUAGACAUUCUAUGUUCCUUUAUUGCACAGUCUGUUAAAUCUGGAACUUCUUAUCUCUUGCUCUGAUAUUAGCCUUAUAGAGCCUGCAGGAGCCUCACAUAUGUAAUGAAAGUUCAAUUUACAGAGCAGUAGAUACAACUUCUAAAGCAAUUUAAAGUCUGAUUGAAAAUUAAGCCAUUUUUUUGUCAUGCGGGCUCUGUGAGUUAGAGAGGGGAGGUCUGUGCAUAAACAAAACUUAUUUAACUCCUAAAUGGCAGAGUUUGAUCAGUGAGUUUGAUCAGUGAGACUGCAGGAGCAUAAUCUAUACAUAAAUCUGUUUCAUUAAGCUAAAGUUGUUUUGGUGCGCCUUUAAUGUAAAAAUAAUGGAAAUUUAUAUUAAGAAUUGUACAAAUUAUAUAUACACGUGAAGUCUUGAUUUGUUAAAUACACUCCGGAACCAUAACCACUUUAUUGAGAUGCCUGUAGUCCCCCUUGCACUGUCUUACAUUCAAAGAUAUUAACCGUAAAGAUGUCUUCCCAUUCACUGGUAUGGUUCCUCUCUUCCUGUGCUCAGACUAAUGCAAAAGCAUUUGCUUGAGUAGCGAAGGGGCGGCAGUGAUGGGUUGAGUUUGCCAGUUGAAUCUUUCUGUCUGUCAUAUGCUGCCCAUCAGGAAUAAAUGCGUGUGCCUUUUGUUUUCCUUUAGCCGCAAUGGCCAGGGGGCGUCAGCUUAUCACUCUCGUUUGCUCCUUUGCUGCUCAACUAUUGUUUCUGUAUUUGCCCAAGAAUAGGAGGAGAGGCAGCACAGCAGUGCCUGGAGACGCAUCUUCAGUAAAGUAAGGAGGCAAGGGUACUCCAGGCACAUAACCACUUUUGUCAUAUAAAGGGGUUAUGGUGCCCAGAGUGCUCCAUCAAAGUUUGAGAUUAACUUAAAGAUGCUGUAAGAUUUAAAGACUUCUUCCAAGCACUAUGAACUGCUUUUAGUAGUAACCAUAGUGGUAGGAAUCUGUAUGUGCAGCUUAUCUGCUUGAAAUUCUCUACACACCGAUAUAUUUGCAGUACACCUGAUUUAGGCAGCCUGGAACCCUCCCCACCUCCCUCCAUUUGCUGAAAUAGUAAAUCCCUUCCUUCCCUCCAUUGCCCACUCCCUCUCCAACUCAAAGCACUGGCAUUCACUCUGUGCUGAUGAAACAGUCCAAAUACUUCAGUAUGUGAAGCAUUUGAUUAAACCUCACGAGGGAUGAAGUGACAUUGGAUGGGGUCUGGGUAACUUCGCAGUAAGAACUCCAGUAACGAAAUAUUUUGUUACCGCUGCAUCAAUUUGCAAAAAUGGCUGUAUCUGUAAUCCCACCUCCUGGUUCAGUGACAUCAAAGGGGAAAGUUAUGCUUCACUCUGGCUAUCAGAUUGUGUAUGCUGUAUACACACAGGCCCAAGUAUAAGAGAUUAUACUGCAAUCCUGCCUGCACACAGCCAUUAGUAUCUUACCUUAUAUUAUAAAGACAAAUUUGUUUGUGGGGUACCAUUGGACAGUAGAUUGUUUAUGGAGCCCAGAUGUAGUGAAGUAAUCACUUGUGGGAUUAAUACAUUGCACAUUUCUCAACCAGGAUAUGUAGUUGGGAACAGGCUGGUUCAGCAAUAAACAGAAAACACAGGCUUGUUAGGUAAUUAAUUGCAGUUACUGGUAGCACGAGUUAGUGCUAGAUAACAUACAAUGAACUUUAGCUGGAUUGCAAAAUCAAGUUCCAUAAAGACAUGGCAUACAAUAUCACAUUGCUCUGUUGAGCUUUACUGUGCCUUUAAAUAUGUCAUUCCCUUCGCACAUGUGAGAUAGAAAUCAUAAUUGAGACCGUGUGGAAUCAGCUGCCUCAGUACUCCCAGCAAGGAAGGCCAAUACAGAGUGGACCAAGUCAUGGACUGCAAGCUGGCAGAGGCUCUGAAAAGGGAAGGAUAUUAAGUGCUCGGGAUCUUGACACCAUAAAUACAUUGUCAGCACAAAUUGUUACAGUUAGUAUCAAACGAAAGACAUCUGUAAUACAUACAGAUCUGAACAGGCAGUUGUAUUCAGUUCUAUUUGUGUCUCAGGACAUACUUGAAAACAAGAGAAAUAUCAAUAUAUGCUUCCUGGUAAACUAUUUUAUAAAUAAAUAGAAUAUAUUCUAGACCUGACACCGAAAUAUUAUUUAUUCCAUGAAAGAAUAAUACCCCACACAACAGCCAGGAAUUUAUUUUUAAAAAGUGUCAAUUUUCUGGCCUAAAACACUAAUCAGCUUGUAAGAGAGCACUCAGGAGACUUAGUAGUGGUCAAAAGUACUGCCGCUUUAUUUAAAGCAGCUAGCAUUUUACACAGUACACAGAAAUAAAAAAUCAAAGUCCUCUCUGAGACUUUUAUCAAGACAUUGCCAAAACAAUAGUGCAACGUUUAAGUACGUACCCAAAUUUAACCUAUGAAGGAGGGUGGUAAAGUCACAUGCCUUAAAUGAAAACAAGGUAACUAUGGAAACCAUAACCAAGCCUAUAUCAAGGAAAAAGUGCAACAUCCCGGAGAAAGGUACGUAACAAAAAACGAAUAUAUGGAAAUACAAAUAUAUAUGCAAAAUCUAACCUGAAGGUCUGUCACAAAUAGUAUGCACUACCCCAGGAGGGAAUAAAUAUAUUUAAUCUAAUAUAUUAAAUGUAAUAAUGUUGGCAGAGGUAUAUCAGGGGUUAAAUAAAUUGUCAAACGAGCCCUAAAGGCUAAAAUGCAAUAUAUGGAUAAUUGGCAAAACCCUUUUAUUAUUAUUAUUUAUUAUUAUUAAGAUUAUUAUUUAUAAAGCGCCAACAAGUUCUGUAGAGCUGUACAAUGGGUGGACGAACAGACUUGUAUUUGUAACCAGACGAGUUGGACGCACAGGAACAGAGGGUUUGAGGGCCCUGCUCAAUGAGCUUACCUGCUAGAGGGAGUGGAGUAAAGUGACACAAAAGGUAAGGGUAGGGUAGAAAAGUAGAUUGCUAGGAUAGUGUUCAUUGAGGGUUUAGUGUUUUGUUUUGCUGACAGUUUCAGGAGAGGAAUUCGGGUGCAGGGAGGGACAGCUGUUCACAGUUUAAUUGAUAUGCUUUCCCAAAGAAGUACGUUUUCAAAGAUUUUUUUGAAGGAGUGGAGAUUGGGUGAAAGUCUAACAGAGAGUGGAAGGGCGUUCCAUAGGAACGGUGCAGGCCUAGAGAAGUCUUUAAGGCGAGCAUCAGAGGUAGGAGUACGAACAGAGGUUAAACGUAGGUCUCCAGCAGAGCGUAGGGGCCUAGAUGGGACAUAUUUGUGUAUUAGUGAGGAUAAGUAGGUCGGAGCAGCAUUGUGUAGAGAUUUGUAAGCAAGUGUCAGGAUCUUAAAUUGAGUCCUAUAUCUUAUGGGAAGCCAAUGUAGGGACUGACAAAGGGGGGGAGGGGAGGCUAGGAUACACAAACAGAUGAAAAGUCAGAUAUAUCAAUUCACAGUAUCCACAAGCCUACAAUAUUUAUAAUUGUGUAUGCAUAUAAUUAAAUGAUUUGUUCAGAGGAGGCUCACCCCAAACCAUAAAGGUGAAAUUCCAACUUGUUCAUGCAAAAAAAUGUAAAUCUGAUUCAUAAAGAUAUGUUUGGAACCUUCCUUGAAUGUUGUUAUAGUAUAAAUUACUUUGGAAGUACGCUCCCCUAUCGCUUCCAUGCAAGAUGCAACUUAUGACUCAUGAGACAAACUUCGAUUAAAAUUUCAAAUCUCAUUACAUCCUUCCAAAAAGCGAUUAUUUUUGGCCAUGACCUUAUUAUAUUAUAACACAGUUUACAGAUCUCACGUUGAAGUAUAGUUUAAGUGUGUUUUGUUUUUUCUCUUAAAGGAAAUUAAUGAAAACUCUCUAAAAAGAUUAAAUGGCUACUUGGAAAGUCUUCAGAAACCAGGGUUAAGAUCUCACAAACCUGCACAGCUCACGUUCUAUGUCCGAGAAACUGAACAGAAUGCUGUGAAUAUUCAAGAUCCUGCAAGAGCACUAGGUAAGAUGUUCUAUACAAUGCAUGAUAUUAUGUAUCUAUAACAAACUGAGCACCGCCAAAUGUCAGUAACACAACCAAAAAACACUUUGCAAACCCCCUACCCUCCACCAUAGGCUGUGCUAAUAAAAGAUAUAAUCGAGCAAGAAAUGCAGCCCCAUUUGCAACAUGUCUUUUGAAGUUAUAUUUAGGUCACAUCUUAAAAUACAGCAGUUCAUUGCCUUUGACUAUGUGUAGCAUAUUCCCGAUUAGGGAUAAAAACUUGAAUUACUAAAUAGGAUUUCCUUGCAGUCUGUAUAAUUUCGAACAGUAAGUUUCACUUUGCAUAACAGAGAUUAAUAUUACUUUUAUGUACCAGGUAGUACAUACUAAUUGGUCCUAUUCUUUGUUGGUCUCCAUAAAAUCAUAUCUGUUUAAUAUAAACGUUUUUUAUUGUUAUAAUUUGGAAUAUUUACUUAUGAUUCCUGUUUAAUGAAUUAGGCUAGAAAGAACUUAAAGGAGCAUUAUAGGGUCAGGAACACAAACCUGUAUUCCUGACCAUACAGUGUUAAAACCACCAUUAAGGAGGCUUGCUCACCCUUAGCCUCCUUAGAAGGGGUUAAAACUCACCUUAUUUCCAACGCAGCGUGGGCCCGCUGGCGCUGGCCUCUCCCCCAUCCACCUCCUUGGUGACAUCAUCAGAAUUUACACCAAUUUCUAGCCAAUCCAAUGCUUUCCCGUGGAGAAUAUUUACUUCCCAUAGGGAAAGCAUUUGAUUGGCUGAAAUUGGCAAGGAGGCAGGAUGGAGAGCAUAGAGACGCUGAACGGCAGUGGUGCCUACUGAGCAGCACUGCCCAGGAAGCAUCUGAGGAGUGGCCACUGGGGGUGACCCUAAGGGGCAAUGUUAACACUGCCUUUUCUCUGAAAAGGCAGUGCUUGCAUGAAAAUACCUGAAGAGAAUAAUUAUACUCACAAGAACUAUAGUGUUCUGGUGACUAUAGUGUCCAUUGAAUGUGUUUUUAUAUCAAGAGUGGCCAAAAGGUAGAUCCCCCAGCUGUUUUUGAACUACAGCUUACAUGUUGCUUUGCUAGCUUUAUAAACUGUUGCAGUUUCACAUCUGCUAUGGAUCAACCUCUUGGCAAAAAGUGAUUUUUGUUAACCACUUUGAUCCUUAAUUUAUUUUUCUUGGUUUCUUGUGUUUUGUUUCUCCAUGCAUUCGAUAGAAUUUCGAACAGUCAGUUUCACUUUGCAUACCAGGGAUCUUAGAAGAACUGUGUUAGAUAUCCUUAAUUCAUGCAGCUUAUCCACGGACCAUGUACAGGACAUUGGAGCCAGCGUGGAGUCUCAGCCACAGAAAGACCCACACACAUUUUACAGGCCCAUAAAGUGGGACAAGACCUACUAUACAUUCACUGGUUUUAAAGAUCCUGAAGAGGAGCUAGAGCAAGCUCAGCGCGUUGAAACCACUAUUUCGUAUGUACAUUUAUCUGCUCUUUUUAUUACAAAUAUUAUUUGUUCUGUAUUAGGAAAUUGCAAUGAACUAUAAGUUGGUUAUUUCUUAAAAUGGUCCGGUUACCACAAGCUUACCUUUCUCCUGUUGUUUCCUGUUUCCCCUUUUAAAAUCUGUUCUUCUUAUCAUUUCUAAUCCAUUUCUCUUUAAAACAUAAGACAACUAGCGGCUACUUUGUCUUCUGUAUUUUUCCUAUGCUUGACAAAUCUUGAGAAAUGGUGGAGCUGAAGGCAAGUGCCACUUCCUUUCUCAAUUAACAAAGGUAAGUUUGAGGUGACAGAGCCACUUUAAAGGAACACUGAAGAUACAAUUUUAUUGGCAUGCAAAAUGUAGACCGUGUAGCAAUAAGUGUGUAUCUUCUUUUUCCGCAACAUACCUUAUGUUUCAUUUUUGUUUUACAUAGUUACAUAGUUGUCUAGGCUUAAAAAAAGACUAAAGUCCAUCAAGUUCAACCUUGAAACUCAUUAAAUAAACAUUACUACAUUCAUUUACUUAGGUACUUAGUAAUAUGCUCUCAGAGACACUUCAACUUCCAGACCAGAACCAGUACCGGAACAAGACCCACAAUGUUGAAACUGUACAGUCCAUGGCUGGUUUCUGGUCACUGUUCCUUUUGGAUCAAAACCAAUGCUUUGUUUAAAAAAUAAAAAUAAAGGAUGCAUGUAGAUAGGAUCUGGUCUGUCACAUCCAUCACAGAACACAUUCUAUUGUAGAUCGGUUGGCGUUACAUCCAGUGUCCACACCUAUCCCCUCACCUGUGGGAUUUUCGGAUCUGAUCUAUAACGUUUUUGUCUGUUCAAUAAAAAUACGAUCUUGCUCUGUUACCACAAACUUACCUUUCACUUAUUUUCCUCUCUCAGAAUCCGUUCUUCUUUUCAAUCUUGUUCUUGUAAAAUACAUAAGACAAAGUAGGGGAACAAUUAAAAAAACCGUUGCCCAUGACAGAUCCACCUUAAGUUCAAUAAUGCUGGAAUUCAUAUAUUUUAUACGUUUUCAACUGCUUUCUCUCCUGUGAGUGAACUUAAAAUGUGUUAUAUGUCAGAGUCUGUAUUUAUUCUAUGACCAGAGCAGUUGAUUUGAGAUGAUGUGGCCUUUUUGUUUUGCUCAUGACCCUGUAUUAUGUAAUGAUCCUUGUAUAUUUUCUUUUAGCCCCUGGUUAGAGAAUAAUCAUGAUGAGGCCCUCAAGAAGCUACACUCGAGCUUACCAUUGAGAGAAGAACUAGAACGCUUAAAGCAAGAACUCUCUCGUCAGCUUCAGUUGUCAGACGUGCGGUAAGAGUUUGACAAAAUGUAAUCUGUCAUGUUCCAGUAAUUUCCAGUCUAUGUGUGUGUAUAUAUGAAUAUAUAUUUAAAAGGAAAAAGGGUGCACCCUCCAGGUCUUGUUAAAGUGGGGGGGGGACGACUCUUUAGGGCAGUUAACUCCACAUUUUCGUUGUUCCUACUGUAGAGAACCCUUUCCUUUGCCAUAGUUGAAAUCUCCUUUCUUCAAGUCUAAUUAGGUGACCUCUUGUCUUUUGUGCAGUCCUAUAACGAGCAGACACCAGACAGCUGCCUGCGCUGUGUUUAGUGGUAUAAUGUUAUCAUAUCCCUUCUAAGAUUUACUCUCUCUUUUUUUUUGGGGGGGGGGGGUUAUUUGCAUGAGUUUUCUAUAUUUUUCUUAUUUUUCUUCAUAACUAAAAGCUUUCAUUCCUUUUUUAUUUAUUUUUAUUUUUUUAUUAAAGUUAGGUACAUACAUUAAAGCCAUAACACCAGAAAAGCCCAACAAAGGGUUUUUACAUUUUCAGUAAAAUGGAAUUUAAGGAAUGAGGGUGAGGAGAGGGAUACAAAGGGUGAGUAAAGAAAAUGAGGACCAACUGCAAGAGGUACUACCAAGGACAUCACAAGGUAUCCGGUGUUAUUUUUCUUCCCAAGCAAGCCAAGUUGUUAUACAUAAGGGUAAAGUAUGGUGCAUGAAAGCAGUGAGACAGCCAUCAGUUUAUUGAUUAGAGUCAGCACUUCUCAUCCAUGCCUCUCUUUCUGCAUAAUAAUACUUUACUGGCCUACCUACUUUUCUUAGCUGUUUAACAUUGCUGCCUAGUCUGUUGUCUAUCUAUUCCAAGUUGUUCUUAUUUAUAUUUUUUUUGACUCAGUACAAAUUAGGAUAUACAUUGCUUGAGUGUUUCUCCUCUCAAAAACAGAUAACAUUUUAGUGUUAAACCUCAUCUGCCAAUUGCUACCCAGUGCCCUCAUUUGUCCAAAUCCCUCUUCAGACAAAAUAAUAUACUUCUCACACUAUAUUACCUAGUUUUGUGUCAUCUGCAAGUUGACACAUGAUUUUCAGGAUUGUUACUAAACAGAACCAGAAACCCAAGUACUCUUCUACUGCUUUGUCCAACUUGAAGGUUUUCCAUUUACUUCUCUUACUCUCUAUCUUUAAACCAGUGCGCACUCCAACAAGAAAAAUCUUAAUCUACACUGAUGCUUUUAAUUUGUACAUUAACCCUUUUUGUGGGAUCUUAUUGUAAAUUAGUAAUGUUUACCCUUUUAUGUUUGUGUUUUUUGAUAACUACAAAAUAAAACAAAAAGACUGAUAAGAUAUCCUUCAUCCAUAUAUGCAGAUGGCAGAGAAGCUGGGGUAUUGCUCAUCGGUGUAGUCAGCUACAAAGCCUUAGCCGCCUAACACAGCAGAGUCCUGAGUCUCUAAAGAUGGCUAAAGGUAAAUAUUGUAAAUCCCUUUAUAUUCACCAUUGUGUCCGUGGUACAACACCAAAUAUAUCUGUUCUACAACAGUAUCAGUUUUUAAAUUACAUCGUUUAUAAAUCAAAUCUUGAUUGCUCUGGGUUUAAAAUGGUAUUUUUGGUGUUUGUAGUUCCAACCAUUUUGGCUUCCUCCCUUACAGCUACAUGGAGAUGAAAAUUAUAUGUAUGUUUAAAUACUUUUCCUCAGUACCUUCUUUACCUUUCCAGGUCGCACUGUGAUAUUUACAGACUGCACGGGCUUGAGUGCAACUGGUCAUGUCAUGUUGGGAACCAUGGAUGUCCACCAUCAUUGGACUGAGGUGAUCAAUGAUAAUGAAAGUGGUCAAAGUUGUCUCAGUAAUACAAAAAAUACCAGCUCACAAGAUAUCACACUUACACAAAUGUAGAUGUUUGAGGCAGCAAAAGUGCAACAAUUAUUCCACUACUUCAAGUAAUCCGUUAACAGAGUAAUGCAGAUUUUCUUUGUUGGAUUGUUAUCACUGGUAUGCAUUAUAUUGUAAAUGGCCAAAGUCUCAUCAUUGAGUGUAAUGCAAAUGAGCAACACUCUGCUGAUUUAAUUUAUUUGUAUGUUUGUUUGUUUAUUUUUUUACAACAGCACAUGUUGAUUGUUCAAAAGUUUUUCUUAAAGGUGGUCCGACUAAGUAAUACUAUUUAUUUAUUGAUCAGACCUUUCCAAAACUAGGUUGCUGGUUAGGUUCAUUUUUUUUAAAUUUUUUUUUUGGCUAACAGAACAAUGAUUUAAAAAAAACAUAAUGUUGGUUAAAUGCAUUAUUUUCUUAUUUCUGAAUAUACAAAUUUAAAAGAUGCAUUCCUCCUAAACUGAUCUUACAAUAUCUAUUUGUGUGCAUGUAUUAUAUUUCUAAAUCAGUUAGUGGCCUUUACUUAAAGGACCACUAUAGUGCCAGGAAAACAUACUCGUUUUCCUGGCACUAUAGUGCCCUGAGGGUGCCCCCACCCUCACGGACCCCCCCCGCCCGGCUCUGGAAAGGGGAAAGGGGUUUAAACUUACCUUUUUCCAGCGCUGGGCGGGGAGCUCUCCUCCUCCGUUCCUCCUCCUGGGCUGAAUGCGCACGCGCGGCAAGAGCGUCGCGCACAUUCAGCCGGUCGCAUAGGAAAGCAUUCAUAAUGCUUUCCUAUGGACGCUGGCGUGCUCUCACUGUGAAAAUCACAGUGAGAAGCACGCAAGCGCCUCUAGUGGCUGUCAAUGAGACAGCCACUGGAGGAAAUAGGGGAAGGUUUCUCUAAAACUGCUAUGAAAAAAUGGGUUAACCCUAGCUGGACAUGGCACCCAGACCACUUCAUUAAGCUGAAGUGGUCUGGGUGCCUAGAGUGGUCCUUUAAAAGGACACUGUCAUUAUUUAAAACAGCUUGCAAAACUUGUUUAAAAUAGUUAAGCUGAAAUCUUUAAAAUAUCUUUCAAAAUAUCUCCAACUACCGAAUAAUUUAAAAGUAAAAAAAGCAUAGCCAGUUUAGAAUUAAAUCUAAAAACCAAAGGCAAAACAGCAUAUAGCUACUAAACCAAUACAGAACUUUAUUUAAACCCUAAUAGUCAACAAAUUACAUCGGUAGAAAAGAAAACACUCCGUGUUCUUGCAUGGAAAGCAAUGAAAUAAUGAAACGAUUUUUUUAAAAAGGGGGGGGGGUUUAAUGAAAAAAAACUUGGUACAAAUCAAGUAAAUAUGUGUACAAAUGAAGAUGAGCAUUAUGAGUUUUGAUGGCUUAUUGGUAAUUUUAAUUUGUAUUUAUUUUUUUAAUUCUUUAAGAAUAUUCAAAAUAAUUGUACAUAUAGUGCAGCAGUAGUCUGGUCUCACUUAAAAAGUGCGUAGAACAGCACCGGUCAUUGGCCUUGAACCAAGUUUUACAUUUUAGCCUGAAAAAUGGGCGAGUAGCCCACAUAUAAAUAAACAAAACCAUGGAAGUUUAAGCAUUUCUUAACGGUAGUUCGACCAAGUAAUAUCAUUCAUAUAAUGAUUAAACCUUUCCACGACAUAAGUUGCUCUUUCUUUUCUCUUAAAGAGAGAUAAUUAAAAAAGGAAUGUUGGUUAUAUGCAUCAUUUUCUAGUUUCUAUAAUUCUGAAUAUACAAAUUAAGACAAUACAAUCCUUUUUUAUAAAAUAGCAGCAGUUAUUUUUAUUUUUUAAUUUAACAGUGAUUAAUAUGGAAAUUCCCUGCACCAUCCAAUCUCUCAUUAGAUUGCGUUAGAGGGACAUUCUGAGCAACCUAACCAAUGUAGUUGAAUGUAAAGGUCUAGCCUAGAGUCCAUUAGUACCAUCCAACAGUUUAAUAUCAAACCAUUUAAGAAUGGUUUGCUAUACACAGGGGCUCUUAACAGUACCAAGAGCCCACCUCAAUUUCAGCCAAAUUAAUAAUGAGGAAAUUGGCACUUUCACAAUAGCAAUGUCUUUCACCCAACAUGGGCAACAUUGAUUGACUCUUCUACUUACCCAUCACCAGUGAGCUUUUAUGAAUCAAAGCGUGUUAAAUAUGAAAAGGGAACUGUCACUUUCAGGAUUUCACUAUUAUUCUUACUUCUCCCUAGAUUUUAUGUGAAAUAUCUCAAAUUAAAUGUAGAUGUCCACAUGUCUUUUCACCUACAACUGGGCACCUCCAUCUUAGCUCCCUGUCAAUCAUUUAUUUUUAGGUAGUCCACUUAGAGAAGGCAAACACAGAAGAGUAGAAAUGAAACAAUGCUUCUAUUUCUCAUUAUAUAAUCUAUAUUCACUGUUAAUAUUUUUAAGAUUACAACAGUAAUGUUUUUUUUUCAUUAGCUGUUUGAGAGGUUACCCAGCUAUUACCAACUAGAGAGGAAGUUGCAGUAUCUGCAGGAACGUGUGAGUCUAAUUUUGGGUGGCAUUGAAAUGGUGUACAUUGAGGAGCUGCAGCCAAUGUUGACAAUAGAGGAGUACUAUGCAACAUUAAAUGCAUUCUACAACAAGCUUCUUAACAGAAGAGCACUGAUCCACCCGCGUAGCCUUCGUGGCCUACAGAUGAUACUGGAUAAGUAAGUGAUUAAAUAUUUAUACCUUUUGUAGUGAGGUAUAUGCAUAUGCUGUUCUCAGAUAUGAAAAAGUGGAGAAAAAAAGUGUUGGUACUGCAUGUAUAAUAAAAAUUGCUUUCCCAAAACUUUUACAUAAACAUUAAAUAUAAAUCGUGCAAAAUCUACACCCAGUGUCUACAUACACAAAAUGCGUAUUAUAGUCGGAGGUUUACAAUGAGAUGAUCAACAGUAUCUAUAAACAAUAUAUAUCAUUUUUUAUAUUCACAUUACACAGUGUGCGCUUUUUUUUUUCAUUUGUUUAAUUCUAUAUAUACAUAUAUCUGCUCUGGAUACUGUUGAUCAUAUAAUUGGAAACUAUAUUAAGUAUUUUGUGUAUGUAUAUGUAUAUGUAUAUAUUCUGUUCUCAUAUAUGCCUGUUGCUUUUUAAAAAAAAAAAUGUAUUCUUUAUAUUUGAACAGACAUGCAGAUAAUACAAUGUUAGUUGAUAAAUACAUGACAAAACUGCAUAUUUUACCAUAUGAUAACAGAACUAUAACAUGCAAAAUAAUUUGGCAUUUUUAACAACUGCAUAAUCACUAGAUAUGUUUAUUUUGCCAGGUGUGCAGUUGAUACUCUGGAAGUUCAAAAUAAUUAUUUGAACUUAACAAAUAUAAUGAAAAGAGUUCGAAAAUGUAAAAAAAAUUAAAAAUGAUUUCCAAGAAUGCAUAGAGUUGGUAGCCUAAGGCUCUACGGGUUCAUAUUGCUCCCAUGAAGCCCACAUCUUAUGGAAUGUGGAUAAAGUGUUCGUGACCUGCGCUGGUUGUUUUUAAAAGGACAAACAUGCCCAGGGGUCUAGGUCAAAGUGUCUUUGGAAAAUUGUAUUAUCCGGUCUUCACCUCCCUCCAGAACCUAGCCACCCAUGGGAGGACCACCACAUGUGUAAGUAUGUACCCCUUUCCUCACAUAACCACCAACUGGUGCCAGUGGCACUUCUACCAAUGUGACAAAGCUUGAGUGGUAUACCAGCAGGACAUUGUCUUGAAUGUCUGUUUCUGAAGGGUUUCACACAUGCCUUCCAUAUUCUCUCCCAAUCUCUCCUCUCCAGCACAUCCCAGCCCUAUUGAUCUACAUAUCUAAGCUUCCCCAUUCAUUACGAGAGUCUAAUGUGUUGAUAUAGUAUAAUAUUCAACCCUGUCUGAGUAGUUUCCUCUAAACAUAAUCUUUCAAAAAAGGUCAGGGGGUGUGGGCAGCCAGUUUUACUUCUUCCUGUUUGGCGAAAUGUCUAAUUUGGAGGCAUCUAAAAUAAUCUCCAGGCAGAGGGGUGUUGACUGCUGAGAAAAAUAGCUGAUUGAACUCUUUGUCCUUGAAAGCUUUGUGACAAAAGCACAGUUUUUCCUUAUUGCCUCAGUGAAAUGGGGAAAUUUAACAAGAUCUUCCAAUUCUGGUAAGGCCCUGGAUCUGAAGAAGGGGCAACUUUCCUCCUCUCUCUGCCAAUUCCUGGUGACACCUGCUAACUUCACCCUUUAAAGAAGACAUUUUUGACAGGCCAAGAGACAAUAACAGUCACCUACCGUGAGUGUCCUCUGCAACUAAUUCCAUAUUUGUCCCCAGCCACAUUGGGCUACUGCAAGGCCCUAAAACCCUUGACAAGGGUGUGCUAAUCCCAGAAGAUUAGGUAUAGCUGGCAGAUGCUGACUGCUUAUUCUUAUUCAUGGCAUCAGGCCCCAAUCUUGUUCACACAAUAGCUCCUACUAAUCUUAAUACGGCCCUCUUUACCAUGAUGAUUUUCUGAAAAGAUCUGUGACCUAGUCUAUCACUGUGCCAUAGCUAGCAAGACUCAGGAGUUAACCUAAAAGAUCCUAUGUUGGUCAGUGGUGUAUUUAAGAUUCGUGCUGCCCUAGGCAUGUCGAAACUCAGGCACCCCCCCCCUAAUCUCGAUUUGUCCCACCACUUCCUGUUCAGGACCAAAAUGCACUUUGACUGACAGACACAAACGGAUACGACGACUCAGUGACAUGCACACCCUCUCAGACAGGGGCGUAUUAGCUGCGAGGCAAACAAGGCAUUUGCCUUGGGCGGCAUUUUUCAGGGGGCGGCAAAAAAUGCCUCCCGGCUAACAGACAUGCUGGGCUGGCGGGCGGCGCUGGCAAGUGGGUCGGGCGGGCGGCUGGCGAGGGAGCUAUUCCUCUGAGCGGUGUGCUCAGCUCCCUCGCGCGCCGCAGAGUGAGGCUGGGAGCCGGAAGAUGACGUCAUAUUCCGGCUCCCAGCCUCACUCUGCAGCGCGCGAGGGAGCUGAGCAGUCAGCUCAGAGUAAGUGCUCCCUUGCCAGCCGCCCACCCAGCAGCCAGCCCAUCAGCCAGCCCAUCAGCCCGACCGGCAGCCACUGGAUCCCCAGCACUCCCAAAGGUAAGGAGGCAGGGCGGGGUUAAAGAAAAAGAAAAAAAAAAUUUGAUGUGAGUAAUUGUGUGUCUGACUGUGUGUGUUUGUGUCUGACUGUGUGUGUGUGUUUGUGUCUGACUGUGUGUGUGUCUGACUGUGUGUUUGUGUGUGUUUGUGUCUGACUGUGUGUUUGUGUGUGUUUGUGUCUGACUGUGUCUGACUGUGUGUGUGUGUGUGUCUGACUGUGUGUGUGUUUGUCUGUGUGUGUUUGUGUCUGACUGUGUGUGUGUGUCUGACUGUUUGUGUGUGUGUGUAUUUAGAAGGUGGGGCGGGGGGAAGGGUUGGGUGGGGGUGGCGCGGGGGGAGGGGGGUGCCUGAGUUUUGUCCUGCCUAGGGCAGCACAAAACCAGGAUACACCACUGCUCUCAGAUAUACAUACAUACAUACACACCCACUUAUUUGACACACAUAUCCUCACUGAUUUGAUCAGUUUUAUUUGAAACACACAGACACAUGCACUCACUGACAGACACAUGCAGAUACUUACAGACACUCACUCACUAAACUAAUUAUCUCAUCACCUAAAAACUACUGCAGAAUUUUUUUUCUUAGUGAGAAAAUAUUAAAAAACUCAUUUAUACUCUAAGUCUUUGAACAACCUUGUGUUUGUGAUUGUUUUCAGGUCUGAGCAUUUUCUUUGCCUUUUUUAUGUAGAGAACAUUGAUCUCUUUGACAUAGGUAAGGACUAAUAGGCCUGUAUUUAUUUUGGAGAUUAGAUCACAGUUAAAUGUUUGCUGUUCCUGAUGAGGUUUCAUAUGUGAGUGGGACUAACCUAUGGUAGUAAAAAUCAUGUGUUUUUUUUCUUUUACCUGUCAUUGUAGUGAUCGGUUUGUUCCUCGGGUACAUGAAAUGGGGCAUUUUAACAUACCUACAACAUGUGAUUCAGCAGCUCUACAGUGGUUUCUUCUGACUCAUGCAGGAAAAGCAAGGGAAAAACUGAAAAGGAAUGAUGAGUAAGUCAUUUUAUUCUAGAAAAUAUAUGCUCUCACUUUUUCAUUUUCUAGUUUAGCCCAUCUAAUCACCUAAAGACAAUAUUUGUUUCCUUCUAUUUUACAUAGGGUGCCUCUGAUUUUUCUGUGUUAAAUGCUCUUUUCUUAUUGGCAUAACUUCCUACUAAGCCACAUUGGUUUCAGUCUGUUCUGUUGAUAUCCAUUUAUGUUUUUUUACAUGACAGUGUUUAUGCCAGUCAUUCAGUUGUAAAGUUGUCCUGAUCUUAUUUAAAUUGGCCUUUUUAAAAUUAUAUGUUGUAGCAUAGCCAUGUACAUUUAUUUAUUGGGUUUAUUUCAAGACACCAUAGUGAACACUAUUUCAUUACUUCAUUACUUGAAUGUUUGAUCAACAGAUCAACAUUGUUCAUUAUAACCAAAUCCAGAUAAGCAUCCUUUCUGGUUUGUGCUUCUACCAAUUGUGACUUAAAAGUGUGAUGUAACAUGUUCAAAAUUCCAAUUGCUGAGAUGCUAGUCCUACUAAUUAUUGUAGUUUUUAAUUACCUGGACAUCAAUUAAAGUGUUACCCAGAUGUGCAGCUUUCCCAGUUUGUUGUAUAUAAUUGAAAAUAAAAAAAUAAUAUUCAAACAUGUACUAAAUGCUGCGUGUGCCUUAAACUCACUUUACUGGAAAUCCCCCACAUUACCUAUUUCCCAGAAAAUAUCACAACUGAAAUCCAGAAAUGUAAAAAUUAAUACAAGACAAAAUACAAUUACAUACCAAUAAUAAUUUAAGUCAUAGCCCUGAUGAAUUUAACCCUUAGAAUGUCUCUGUAACCUCAAACUUACAUUUCUCAUAUUGUUUCCUCUUCUGUGCUUUUCUUAAUUCCUGAUAUGUUUUUGUUUAAAACAUAAGACAAAAGUAGGGACUACUGGGGGGCGGAGCCUAACAUCCAGACCGAGCGGACGUGUCAGGUCCGAGCUCCGACACAAAACAAACGAUUUUGGGGGUACAUACCCCACUACCUGGCGCAAAUCUGCUCGGGUGAGGCAUAACCGUAUGGGGGACGCCCGGGCACAUCUUCCGAUACCCAAAUCACUAGCCUGACGACCCGGAGACCCACACUGCGGUUGCCGAGGCCUGCGAGACAGAAGGAGAGGGAGAGACGGCCGCUCUCCUCUCUGCCAGCCUGCUGCAGAAGCACCUCGACCCUCAAACCUCCUAACCCCCCCCCCUGGACCGGAGGGGGAUAUCCCGGUCCUCGCCGUGAGCCCGGAGUGCCACACCUGCACAGACAGACGAGACACAGUAGAACUCCAGGGCCGGCGACACACGAGGCACGCACAAGAUGGCGGCUGAGUACUCACCACGACAGCGGUUCCAGCCUGCAAUCCCAAAGCAGCGUCCAGACAGCAGCACCGACCUCACAAGGCGCAUUGAUGAGCUGUUCGCCAAGUUCUGGGAGAAACUGCAGCUCCGAGCACAGAGCGCACAGACAAGUCGGAAAACCCCCAAGAGAGCAGGUGAGAGGGGCCACGUGCUGCCGACAGCGAGGGGGGCACCCUUGGGCACGGCACUGGAUCACUCAACACCACGCACCCUCCACAGCCCAAUACAGCCCUCCAAAGACUCACUUCAAACUAAAGGAAAUCCUGGGAUACAGCCUCACAGACAGCCCAACAGAAAGGCAGUGAACCAGCGCAGACUCGAGGGGGGCAAAACAUACCAAGGCAGCCCACGCAGACGGCGGAGCGUAAAACCUAACCCGGCCGCGACCACAACAUCACUAACUCGAACCGGCAGCAGCCAGUGUCCACGCCGACCCACAAAAAUCCCAACCGGGAACACACGCUACUCUCAGGGCGAACCGGAGUCCAGCACUGAGCAACUGACAGCGCGAGGGGAGCACAACCACCCCCAACGGGGCAUCGGAUGAACCACCUAGGACUGGGUCUCAAUGACAGGCAAAGUGCCUAAUAUCCCUUACCUUCCCACAACCCAGAUGAACUCUUACAAAUGUAUGCAUGCACUUAAGCCUUAACAUCCCUUCCCGUUGCUCCUGCCAUGGACUGCAGGGGGGGGCUUCACUUGAGACCAAGCGACCACAAGAUAAGCAUACCUACCUAUAGCCUCACCCAUACUCACACAAGCUGCAUUGGUAACUCAGCACACAUAGCGCAUACACCAUAAUCUCUACUGUCAAGCAGUUCAUAUAGCCUACCAAGCACAGUGAUAGUUAUUUUCACCCUUUUGCUUAGCAACUUGCAACAAACAUAUACAGUACGUAUUAAUAGCUGCAUUUCAAUAGGCUGUUCAAAAUGUCUAGCUAGCAUUGUAUGGUGGUUGUCUCUCCUAACACACCAUUAACAAACACAAUGCCUACAACCUACAUCACAACUGUCCAGCUAACUAGCACACCUAACCUGCUGAAUAUCAUUUACCCAAAUGCUAUUCUAACAAGAUAAAUGUUCAGUCAAGCUUGUUAUCUCUAUAUAAAAAAAAAAUGUGCAAACUUCUAUGCCACAAUUUAAUUUCUGUAAUUCCUGAAACACGCUGUUGUGGCGUCUGUUGAUAACCUGUAAUUAUCUGCACAACCAAAAUAAAGAAUUUAAAAAAAAAAAAAAGUAGGGACUACUUUGUCCUAUGUAUUUUUCCUACGCUUGACAAUUGUGACAAAGAGUGGAGCUUAAAGGGACAUUAUAGUUGCCAGAACCGCUGCAGCUUAAUGAAGUUGUUUUGGUGUCUAGAUCCUGUCCCUGCAAUGUAACUUUGCAAUGUAAACACUGCUUUUUCACAGAAAAGGCAGUGUUUACAUUGACUGCCUGGCAGUCACUCAGAACACUAGAGGUGCUUCUUAUUUCACUGUUUUGAAAAGUGGUAACAUUUUAGAUUCUAUCCUAGAACAUGCGACUUAUUAUAACCGCCUCUAUCACAUAUUAAUUCAUAAAUUAAACACAUACCACACAAAGAGAAAGAAAACAAAAGCAUUACAUAGAAAGUGUUGUGGUGGCAUAGAUGAGCCCUAAAGAAAACAUCUUUUCUUGCUUACACAGGUUAAAGAUUGUGGAGCGAGAACUGACCAAAGCAUGCCAGACCAGAUCAUCCCUCACUAGGCUGUACAAGGAGCCCAGUGUUACACGUUUGCAGAUGAUUGAAUGCUGUAGACGCUUGAUUGAAGAACCUUUACCUUAUUUGUCCAACAUGCACUUAUGCAUCUCACACUAUUACUCUGUGCUGCAGGACGGUGAUUUGUGCAUCCCGUGGAAUUACAAGAGCUGACCUUGGACAACUCCAAUGUUAAAAGUUGGGCACCUUCUUCAGAACUCUGCUGCAGUUUUCUUUGUGUGCAAUGGUGGGAGUCUGUAUUCCUAUUGAUUCAUUUAUAUAGGGUCCAGACAUGUUAAAGCUCACAACAUGCCAACAUUCUGAGCUUUAAGAUGGAUAUGUUCCAUUACUGCUUACAUGCUAAAAGGGCAUUGCUGAUCAUGAUCAUACAAAUGAUGCCAAAAAUUACCAUCCGGAAGACAAAUUGACUAAUCAGAAAGGAAGUGGUGUCUGUAGUUGUGUAUGUGGAGUUACCUAAUGUAAAAGGACAUUCUGGGCACCAACACAACUUAAGUGCAUUUUAUCCUCAUUCAUAUUCACAUAUUUUUAAAGAGCAAAACUAAAAAGAAUUGAUUAGGGAGAAAAAAAAAUACAGCACGAAUAUGAGGUCAAAACGUGUCAAGUGCACUCAACUUGUGCUGGUGCCCAGGUUGUUCCUUUAAUGGUUAGGUAGAUAUCAUUAAAGCGGCCCUGUCACACCAAACUUACCUUUCUACUAUUGUUUCCUCUUUUCUUCCUCUCCAAGAAGCUGUUCUUUUCUUUAUUUCCGAUCUAGUUUUCUUUAAAACAUCAGACAAAGUAGGAAUUACUUUGUCCUAUGUAUAUUUCCUACGCUUGACUUUCUUUGACCAAAGGAGAAGCUUCAGUCAGCUCCAUUUCCUGUGUCAAAGGGAGUACUCACCCUUCUCCUUGACACAGGAAAUGGAGCUAAAUUAAGCCCCUCCUUGUGUCAAAGAAAGUAGAGUGUUGGGAAAAUACAAAAAACAAAGAAGUCCCAACAGAAAAAAAAAAAAAAUAGAUCAGAAAUAAAGAAAAGAAGAACAGAUUCUGAUAGAGGAAGAGAAUAGGAAACAAUACGUGAAAGGCAAGUUUGGCGUGACAGUGCCGAUUUAAAGGCAAUGUGGCCAUUGGAUAUGUCAUCCUUGAAAAUAGUGUCAGCGGGUAUGCUGACAUUUACAAAGCCAUACUCAAAAUUUGAGAUGGCAGAUUAAAAGCACAUGCGAAUCACACUGUAAUGUACUGUGUAUAAUUAUAGGACACCAAAACCAAUGUGAAGCUGUAAUGUUUAACUAAAUAUAAUCCUCUUCACUGUGAGACAAUCUUGGCAAUGUGCCAGUUACCAAGAUGAAGAGAAUAUGUUCACUGUACACUAACAAAGUCGUUCACUUAACUGGAAAUUGACCCAUUUAGGGAAUUAUACAUUUUAGGGUAAAAUGCUGAUCCAAAAACCCUCAAAAACAGAAAUGUUUUUGAAAUUUGUCCCUAUUGGCCCAACACUUUCAAUUCCUGGUCUAUUCUCAGUUUAGUAAACAACCCUUGAAGAUAUUAUAGGAAUCUGUUUUUUAGAGGGACAAAAACUCUCUCAGGGACAUUUGUUAAAUGAAUGCUAAAAAUGGUUAUACUGUCAUUUUAGUUUUGUUCAUUUUUGUUAUCAGAACAAAUGGAAUUAACGUUUUUGAAUUCACAUAUAAUAAUCGAUAUUCCUGACAUGAUCCAAACUAUGCUAGCAGCUGUUUUCUGUUUGGAUGGUAUGAAGCAUUUUAUCACCAAAAAGGUUAAACGAUUACCAAAGAGGACCUUAAAGGCCACUCAGAUCGUGAGGACUCUACUUUGAUAAUGGUAUAAUGGUUUGUUGUUUGUUUUUGUUGUUUUCUUGGCGCAGUUACGUGAGCUGAGUGACAGUAUUUUACAGGAAGUUUUGUUGUGUGUAUGAAAUAUGAACUAAUUAAAGGAAUUAUUUGUUUUCUGUUCAUGUUUUCUGUUCUUGUGGGCCUGGAAACUCAUUCACUUUAAGGCAAAUGUUACUGCCCUGUUGAAAUCCAUUUAAAUGACGAGAUAAUGUUCAAUUCUUGCUAGGAGCUGCAGUAGAGUGUUUGCAGUGGGUAUGUGGUGAUUUUGACGUACAAAAUUAAGCCCUGUGAUCAAACUCCCACUACUACUGGGUGACAGCAAUGACUAUAGUACACAUUAGCACCAAUACAUACAAUUAAAAAAAAAAAAUUACUUGCUCAAUAUUGCAAAUCCUUAUGCAAAUUUGAAUAACUGGAGGUUUUUAGUAUCACUCCAAUGGCCAUUUAAGUGUAAGCUCACCUGCUACGUCAAUGCAACACCUCUUAGGUGAGUCCUACACUAACAAAUCACCUGGUUUCUUUCCUUACCUUUAAGAUGAAAGAAGCAAGGUGAAUUGUUAGUACUCACCUAAGAGGUGUUGCAUUGACAUAGCUGAUUCUGGCUGACUUCACUAGCAAGAAAUAUUAAAUUAGGGAGGCAAGUGGUAUUAUCCCUAUUACAGUCAUGUAAUAUAUAUGGAAGGGCAGAGCCUGUAGUUGUGGGAGGGGUUUGUCCGGCCUAUAAAUUCACAGGCUUCCCCUUUGUCUGGGCCGAGUAUUCCUGAUUCAGUGCAGAACCAUCUACUUCCGGUUCAAAGGUCAUCAACACAAACUGCAUGAAUUCCAAACAAAAGCUAGUCUUGGCUUAGUGUGGCCCAUGCAAGUAUUCAUUUUACCUCAUUUGAGUAAAAAAGAAAAAACUCCCCUCCCUCGAAGCUCAUGGGGCACUGCCACAUCCUGUUGCUCUUCACGUGUUUUUCAGAAAAACCGUAAGUUUGUUCGCGUUGAGCUACCAGGUCCGCCACUUGGGGACAUACCACUGCCAAAAAAAAAGCUUAGUAGAUAUACCCCAAAUGAAAACAUGCGUUUUUUUUUUUCAAUUGGGAUUAUAUUUACAAGUCCUACAGGGCCUCUAACACAUGGUACUGUCAUUCGAUUCGACCGUCACUAGCCUCACAUUAAUGCAUGUUACUCUGUUAUUCUAGCAUUUGCUGUUGCUUUAAACCCUAUUGUGCUAUACCAAUUAUGUAUGCAUAAGAGUUAAUCAUCCUCCUAAGCAUUCCACAAGUAUGCUUUCUAAACAUAUGUAUUAUAAAUAUAAAAAAAACAAAAAAAACCAUUACGUUCACUUUUCACAAGCUAGACGUUUUAUAAACGUAUGUCUUGUAAAUUCUGUUUCCUCCUACGUUUAACGUACAGCCAUCACAGCCUAAAAUCAAUUCAGCACUAUUGCAUUCUAGUGGUCUAAGCCUCAUUCCUGUCGUAUAUUCUGUUUUAUACCCUCCGUUAAACUGGCUCAGUAAGUAUGUAUUGUAUAACUUUUAACGUGUAUUUCUUACAUUCUUUGUGUUAACCAUUUCACAAGCUAGACUUAUUAUUUUUGUUAUUUCUCUACUGUCUCAUUACUAUUAUAGCUCCUUUAAUCGCUACUUCUCAAACUCUACAACCUAUAUCUGACCUACCAAUCACCCCCUCCAUUACUUUUAUCACAGCCUCACAUGGCCACCCUGUACCUCAGGCCUUACAUUGUGUCCCAUCCCGGCCUCAUAUACAUAGUCAAUGAACUUUGCAACGUCCGUUUCACAUGACCCUCAGUUGGCUACAUACUAUGUUCCUAUUUCAGUGCUUCAUUGGGCUUUUCAUUUGCAUAACAUCCACUUACAGGGAUUGUAUACUACCCCACCACACUACAUGAUAUCGAUAAACUAUUCAUACCUUACUAUACGGUACAGCUUUCAGUAGGACAUCCUCCUUGGGAACCUGUAUCCUUCAUCAUAUACGUUGUCCCUACCCCAUGUCAAACACUAUGGUUCAGCAGUAUCUAUUAGGUGGGAUCAUCAUCUACAUAGGACACAGCCUAAAUACACUCAUAUGUUGCAAACGAUUGAGUGUGAACAAUACCUUUAAACAUGGUCCUUUCUUGACCUUCACUACAUUCGCUUCACAAGGCCCUCUAUGGGCAACCCAAUACAACACAAUUUUGGCUCCUCAUUUGGGCUUAAAAUGAAGGGCCUAUUUCAGGGCUUAUAUACUGCUUAUAUUACUUCAUUCAAUUAUACACUCGGUCUCGCUAGACCUACUCCAACCCAACUUAUAUGGAUCUCUUGGAGCCUAAGGAAUCUGGGAAACCUUAACCUUAAUACCUCAUCCGAUAAGUUUUAUCCUUACUCCACAUAUUUAUCCACUUCAUUCUAGCAUGGUAUUGACAACGUUACAUAUGACAAGUCACCUACGUCUAGACACUUAAAGGAUCACUAUAGUGUCAGAAAAACAAAGCGGUUUUCCUGACACUAUAGUGCCCUAAGGAUGCCCCCACCCUUAGGGUGCCGCUCCCUUGGCGCUGAAGGUUUUAAAACCCCUUCAGCUGUUUACCAUAAUCCAGUGCUGGGCUCCCUCGGUGCUGGUGACCUCUCCUCCCCUGCCGACGUCAGCUCCCGAGUAGAGCGGAAUGCGCAUCCAGCGUCGCAGAUGCACCUCUAGCAACUGUCAGGAAGACAGCCACUAGAGGUUGGAUUAACCCUGCUAUGUAAACAUAGCAGUUUUCUUUUCUGCUAUGUUUACAUCUGAAGGGUUAAAACCUGAGGGGUCUGGCACCCUGACCACUUCAUUGAGCUGAAGUGGUCUGGGUGACUAUAGUGUCCCUUUAAUAAUCUAUCAUGUUGGUUAUUUGCCUCAUUUUGCUUUAAUCACAGCCUCAGAUGGCCCUCCACUACAUACAACACUGCCACCCUGGUAUUCAUGACAAUUCUCCAUACCACUACAUAUGGACCGGUUCAAACAACAAAGGCAUCAUGCUUGAUCUCCACACAACUCUUACAACCUGUCUGAACCUCUCAUACAGCCCAAUUUAUUUCUAUCCUGCAGCUCAGGACUUAUAUUAUUUCGCUACGAUACCUCUACACAUGGCCCCAUUAGUCCUUCACUGCAAACUGUUACAUACGGCCCUCUUCGGGCAAAUCACUACGAUCCAAUUUCAGCCCCCCCAUUUGAGCAUUUACAUACAACAUUUUCCUGCCCUCAAGGAAAAACAACAUCCCUUUCAUAUCACAUUUUACUAUUCCACCUUGCCUUGCUAGGCCCACACCAGUCCUCCCUAUAUGGUUACUCUCUCGGCCUACUCCCAAGAACCCAGAACCCCUCAUUACGCAAUUAUACGUAUUCAAGCCUAUUUGAUCUGUAUAUUUUAAUUAAAUUUAGUAUAAUCCUCACCUUCAUUAUUAUUAUUUAUAUAGUGCCAUCAGAUUCUGUAGCGCUGUACAAUGGGGUGUGUUACAAAGACUCGAUAUGACUUUAUUAUUGUUACCACAUCUUGUUACUGUUGCAUCCCUAUACUAUUGAUACAGAGAAAAUACGAAUGGAUUAUACGAAUCCUUAUAAAGAACCAUUCGUGGUACGAACGAGAGACCCCCAAACGCUAGCGUGUGCCGCCACUUAACCUCAUCACCCCUCAAAGUACCGAAUGACCGACCACCGGACAAGCGGAGUGUGUCACCCAUUAACCCCCCAGGCUGCUGCGGUCUGCGGUUAACCACAAACUAAUUGACGGGCACAGAGGAUCUACGUUCGCAUACAAAUUACCGAAGGGAAACUACCGAAGAACUCACGAACGGAGACCUACAGUGGGUCGUGUGGCAGCAAUUAGAAUGUGGUUUCUGCGGUUAACCGCAAUUCAAGUACCGUGCUACCGGGCGGUCUCAAUUCGUACACCAAACAACUUCCACUACCAGACAGACAGCGGGGAUUCGCAUGAUCACAUAUCAGAUUUCCAUUCCAUAAGUUGGAGUCGAGGUCCCGCUGCUCAUUAAACCGCCUAAAAACAUGGCCGCAAUCAGGGACUCACGACCAAAGUAUCGAACAGACUUUAUACGGCAGAAAUUGCCCAUUCCGUUCGCGGGGUCUGAGCGCCAUUCGUAUAUUUAAUGUACCCAAACUCGAGCUAUUGAAUGAAUGGUAGAAUGAACCGUUUCCCCCUAUUAAUAUUGAAGUUAUGCAUUUUUAUACUGUUUUAUGAGACAUAAUAAAACGUGGUCUUUUGUGCGUUUGGAGAUAAUUAGAUUGUAUAACCGUUGGCCUCAUUAUCUCCAGGCUGGGCGGGUACUAAUUCAAAGGAUACAUUGUACUGUGAUUGGUUACCUGUUUGUACUGUACCUGUAUUCCAUCAGGUCCAUAGGGGGCUGUCCUUGGACCUGAGGAAUUGCAUAAAUUGUCAUGUUGUGUGCCAAUAAAGCCAGUUCGUUU